CACGGCUCACCGCUGCGAGCUGGACACAGUUGCUCCAUGGAGACACCGGAGCGCGACCAACGGAAAGCAGGAUGGUCCAUACCGGACACGGACUGCCCGUCCCGGCGGAGGACGACAGCGUCGUAGAGAUGAUCGGAAAGUACUUCCUCCAGCUCACGUCGCCGGGCCGAGAGACGAGCGCAGCCCGGCGGGGCAGCGUCGAGAGCUGCGACGAGAGGGAGAACAACUCGCCAGCCAACAUGGACGAUGGUUUGGAGCACGGAGAGUGGCUCCUGCAGCAGGACGUGACCCGACAGAUCGAGCACUGCCUGACGGAGGCCAAGGCGUCCGCCCUCCACUGCGGGAUGCUGCUGCUGCCCCGCCAGAUGACCGCCAGGGUCGGCCAGGACGUGGUGCGCUCCUCUGCGGAUGAGCCCUGCGGCCUCCGGGGCGCCUCCAUCAAAGUCUAUGUGGACGGCAAAGACGGCCUGACGCCUGCAGGGGGCGUCCUCCUGGACCCGAGCGUCACCCCGACGUUUGAACUGUCCGUGAUCUUCAAGGCGGAGCGGGCCGGUGGCUGGCCCCCGCUCAAGGUCAUGUUCGAUACCCACAAAGUGUUGAAGCUGAGGCCAGAGUACCGGCUGGUGAAGAGGAAGCUCUACUCCUCAGCCAGCCCCGUCAUCCAUGACUUCAACUAGUUAAGAAUGUAAACUCGUUUCAACAUACCUCUUUUGUUGUUAAUUGUUGUUUCUCAACUUCGUCAGGCAAAGGUUCGGCCUGGACUGCACUGGAGUUUUGCUGCGUUAUAUUUCCUCAAGAAUUGGGUUGUUUAUUCCUGUAUGAAUGUCUGGCUUGGAGCAGGAGGUCCAACCAGUUGAACACAGUAUGUUGCACAGAAUGGAUGAAUGUUAAAAGUGUUCACUCUUAAACAUGAAAGCUUCCUUCCAGGAUCGGGCUGGUCUCACUCCUGAAUUGGGCUGUACUUUAUUUUAAAAUAUUUAUGCAAUUGUAAAAAAAUUAAAAUGUUCACUAUUU